GAACCUCGUGGGAGACGGCUGAAGAAGUCUUGCUAGAGUCAGGGUGCAUCACAUCCGCUGCUUUUCCCCAACCACAGAGGCUAUCGUCUUAUCGUAGAAGGGAAUCAGUGUGUCAGGAACAUUUUCAAGAAUGAGUCGACCACAGGACAGGACUGGAAACUCCUGCAGUAAGGAGUCUCUUGCAAAGUGCCUUCAAGCUAAGAAGGACUUGGAGACAGCUCUUGGUGGGAUCGUCAAGGCUGAACAGCAGAUUAAAGACAACUGGAGAGAGGUCAAAGCUCAGAUUCACAGCUGCAUAAGUCGCCAUCUGGAAUGCCUGCGCAGUCGGGAAGUUUGGUUGUUUGAACAGGUGGAUCUCAUUCAGCAACUCAAAGAGGAGGCUUUACAGCAGCAAGCACAACAGCUUUACUGGCUGUUGGGCCAGUUCAACUGUAUUAUUCAUCAGCUGGAACACCCCCAUAGUAAUGACCUAGCCAAUCAGAUUUCGGUGUGCCUGGAGAGAUUGGGUAACUUGACCCUUAAACCAGAAGAGUCCUCCAUCCUGAAUUUUGAAGCUGACAUGUCCUACCUUCGUCAGGCUAUUACAUCAUUUGGCGCCAUCAAAACUAUGCAAACUUCAGAGACAGAAAAUUGUUCUCCUUGGAUACCAGUGCAGAACUGUAUCCUGGCCAACUAUGAACAGCAGAAACCACUGUAUGGAACAUUGGGGUUCCCACUCACUGACUGGCUACUUGGAAGCAAAUCUGCUAACAUUUGUCAGGCUUCGCAUGUUCCUAGCACCAAUGCUGAUGACUGGCUUAUGAAAAGGCAUGUGCCAGAGACCAACCAGGAUGUAAGUCCUUCCAAAGCCUGUUAUUUUGAGCAAGACUGGGGAAACCUGAAAGAUCUGGAAAACUGGCUCCUUCAGAAUCAGCAAAGAGAAUAUUCUGAGAGAACAGAUUCCCAUAGAAACAAGAGUUCCUCCACCUUCAUUGAAAAGAGUACAAACCCAGAGUCUCAGGAGCAAGAUGAGAUGGAUCUUUCUGACUGGUUGCUUACUCCUUCUCCUGAUCAAGAAAAAAAUAGUGCUUCAGAUGAGAAAUUGAAAUAUGAAUUCAGGCCUUUUAGGGAGGAAUUUAACAUAAUUGAUUGGCUCUCCAAACCUGAUUCCUGUGCUAAUUGCUGUAUUAGCCAGGCCAAGGGUGUAGAGAUUGAAAAUCUUGGGAAUCUUAAGUGCCUGAAUGAACACCUAGAAGUGAAGAAGUCUCCCACUGUGUCAAACAAUGCUUGGCUCCUUCAGCACCCACAGACACCACUUAAAGUGGAAGAUGUGUGCAAAGCUAAUGAGCCAUGUAACAGCUUUUCAGAGUGUGUGUGUGAUGAAAACUGUGAAAAAGAGGCUCUCUGCAAAUGGCUUCUGAAAAAAGAAGGAAAAGAUAAAAAUGGUGUUCUAGUAGGCCAGAUGCCUCUACUGAACCCUGAGCCUGAAAAACUAAACCCUGCUGUCAACAUCUGGCUUCACCCUUCCAGGCAGUUCGCUGAAGAAUCAGCAGCUACUGCAGAUAACUUAGAGAAGAUUGUCAGACCCCUGAAAGCAUUGCUUGAAAGUCCUUUGACAGGUUGGCUAGCUAAAUCAGAGCACAAAGCAGCAAGCACAGAAGAAAAAACAAGUAUGGAGAAAGCAGAUGUUAACUUCAAGAGUCCUUUUCUAGACCUCCUGGCCCCAUUCCACCUUCCUUUGAAUGUAAACAGUUGGGUGAUGAAUUCCAAGAAUACAGAAAAUGCCAGUCAGACUCCAUUGGAAGACAAAUGGUUGCUACGCAAAAAAGCACAAGACUUUGGCCUUCCUACUGUUUGUGACCUUUUUGCCUGCAUGAAACUUAAUGGAGAAAGAGAAAAGUGGCUGUACCAUGCUCCUUUACAGAUGUGAAGACACAAGAUUGUGACAUCUCUUUCCUGCUGCUCACCACCUUCAUGCCCAGUGACUGCAGCCAGCUGAAUUUAUCAUGUUUGCCUCUGACUAAUCUGCUUUAUUUUUCUUCCAAACUGAAUUAAAGAAAAACUAUUCAUAUAUAACUGAGUUAAGGUGCAGAAAUGCCUUUGUGUUAUAAUGACUGAUUCCCAAGCACAGGUCCAGUGUACACCAACACAAUAGACAUUGGGAGUUUGUAUCCUUCGUGAGCCUGUGUGAAUCAUUAUGGGUUGGUACUUGAAGUAUGCUGAAGCCAACACAGUUAUAAAAUGAAUGUCAUGGUGCUUUUAAAUCUCCAUCUGGUGUUUAGACUGUACUAGUUUUUUAACCCAAAGGUUUGCCCUUGUCUUAAGAUGCAUCCCAGCCUUUACUAGCCCUUAGCUCGACCUUCAAAGAUUUUAUUUGUAUCCUAUUUUUUUUAAUAAUGCAAGCUCAAAGCUAUUGUGAUUUUUUUUGAAAUUUUGAAAACCUACAGUGCUAGUCCUUUAGAGUGAUUUAGUAAAAAUGAACUUACCUUCCUGAAAGGUUUUUCUCUUAAAUGAGUUUUUCAGGUGUCUAGAACAGGUGUAAGAUUUAGCUCUUUUCCUUUUCAAAUUAAUGUCAAACUGAAAAGUUUUCAGUGCUAAUCCUGAUGCAUCUGAAGACCAAGAGCCAACGUUUAAAAAGGUAACAUUUGAAAUUUUACUUAAAAAAAAAAUGAAUAACUUCAAUUUUUAGACUAAUAACUUGCUGUGAUAGAGCAGUAAGUCAUAAUUCUUCAUGAGGUAAGAACUAAGAUCCUUAAG